AUCCUGUUACAAGGCGGGGUCUUCGGAGUGACGUCACUGUCUCAUUUGCAUACCCCUCUGCAUAUAUUGGGCUCUGCGCAGUGGCGCGCCACAUUGCUGCAACCCCGAGAUAUCCGAAAUCGCAAACGCUAACUGGUCUACAUAGACACUCUGCAAUCAUGUCUGACAAACCAAAUCUGGCUGAGGUCGAGAGCUUCGACAAGAGCAAGCUGAAGAAGACCGAGACUCAGGAGAAGAACCCGCUCCCUUCUAAAGAAACCAUCGAACAGGAGAAGCAGGCGUCAUCGUGAAGACCCCACGCUGCCGUCAUGCACUGUGCACACCCCCUUUCCCACACAUUGCCUUCUUUUUGUUCACUUCUUUUAGCUGUAUAACUCUGUAACCAAAAUGUAAAAAAAAAAAAAAACACAAAUGGGGGGAAAAAUACGCUGAAAAGAAAAACCUGAAGAUGCCAUCAACGUUGGGUGGACCUGAAAUCAUCCUCCACCAACGGACAAGACGAAAAACCAUCCACCCACCCCCUUUUCCAAACCAGCAAUGAAAGAGGGCUUCUAACCCUUGGCGCAUGUAACUUGGAUCCAUCUGGCUUUCAUGGCCUUGGCCAUUGGCGUUUGACAGAAGAGGGGCAAAGGACAAAGGGGGUGUGGCUUUGGAAUGUGGACAUUCCCUAAAUUUUCAUUGACCAAUCUGGGUAUGGCUUUGUCAACGUGUGACCAGCUUACUAAUUUGUGGCGUUGCAUUUAUUUUCUUUUUUUUUAUUGAGAAAUUGAGUUUUAUGGUAAAAUGCACAAUUUGGUUUUGUAAGUCAUCAAUGAUCUACCUUCUUGUUAGUGCUGUUCCAAGCAAAUCUUUUUUGAUUGACCCAAAAGAGGAAGUGGUGGAAUUCACCUAGAUGGGGAUAUAUUCCUAAGGCACGAGGGUUUUUUUUUUUUUUUUUUUUUUUAAACCGAUUGUACCUUUUUUUUUUUUUUUUGUAGUACGUGUGGUUUUUUGUUUUGGGGGGUUGCUUUUUGUUUUGCACCCAAUCUCAAUUGUCCUGUUGUAUGGAAGCUGUUAAUUCUGGAAAUGAAAUAUUCCAUAUUGCUUUCAAGUGUUGACAAUUUUUUUUUUUUUUUCCUCCUUGGGUUUCUGUAAGCCUCAGCAAACCAUGUUAUUUUGCCACAAACCCAUUCUCAAAAAUGGAAAAAGGAACGUGUUGUAAUAAAGCCUUUGUUAUCAAAA